UGGAGGAGAGGGGAGGGGAGGUUGGGAGACGGCUGCUGUCCCACUGAAGCAGAACUCUGAGAACAUAGAUGUCGUGUUUCACACACAUUUUGGAGAACGGGGGAGACACAUAGACGACAGGAGAGAUACAGGAGAGGUUCAGACACAGAAAGGAGAGGUAGAGAGACCAAGAGGAGAGAUAGAGAGAGAGAGAGAGAGAGAGAGAGAGAGAGAGAGAGAGGAGAGGAGAGGUAGAGAGACCAAGAGAAGAGGUAGAGAGAGAGAGAGGAGAUGUUGAUAGACUGACAUGUUGGCCAACAGGACACUAGCCUGCCUGGAGUGACAAUUCACCUGCAGAACCUACAACUGUGAGGCUGUUCCAUCUCCGCCGCUCUGCUGCAGGGUGCAGAAUGUGGGCGCUGGUGGGCGUGGCCUGUCUGUGCCAGUGUGUAAUUGGGCAGCUGGCGAAGGCGAAGGAAGUUGCACCCCGUCUGGUCUGCAGCGUUCCGGGGUUGCCGGGGGCGCCGGGCAAGCCCGGGCCCAGCGGGGGGGCGGGGGCGGAGGGCCAGGUGGGGAUCCCCGGGAGAGACGGCAGGGACGGACGCAAGGGGGAGAAGGGGGAGAAGGGGGACGCAGGUGUGAAGGGACGUGUGGGGCCAACGGGUAGGCAUGGUGACCGGGGGGACCGGGGGCCAGGGGGAAAGAGAGGCCCCGGGGGAGAGCAAGGAGUCCCGGGCCCCACGGGGGCCCACGGCCCCCAUGCCCAGAAGGGGGACCGGGGCCCCCGAGGCCAACGGGGGACCCCGGGCGUCUGCAGGUGUGGCAGCCUGGUGCCCAAAGCAGCCUUCUCCGUCGGCAUCACCAGCAGCUACCCAGCUGAGAAGACGCCCAUCAGGUUCAACAAGGUCCUCUUCAACGAGGGGGGCCACUACAACCCGGACACGGGCAAGUUCAUCUGCGCCUACCCGGGCGUCUACUACUUCUCCUACGACAUCACCCUGGCCGACAAGCACCUGGCCAUCGGCCUUGUGCAGAAUGGGCAGUACCGUAUCAAGACCUUCGACGCCAACACGGGGAACCACGACGUGGCGUCCGGUUCCACCGUGAUGUUCCUGAACCCUGAGGACGAGGUGUGGCUGGAGAUCUUCUUUAAGGACCAGAACGGCCUGUUCUCCGACCCGGGCUGGUCCGAUAGUCUCUUCUCUGGGUUCCUGCUCUACGCCGACACCAUUUACCUCGACACACUGUCUGAGGACUAUGCUUAGAUAGAUAUUUAAUAGAUAUUCUAGAAAGUACUAUUCUAUUAUCUUAGAGUGGAGUGAAGGGAGGGGAAGGACUGGAGAUUGUAGUAUUCACAUCAUUUUAAAUGUUCUUAUUUAUGACCUGUAUUAUUAAUCACAGCAUCUAGCAGAAUACAUUAAAUCUC